CGCUACACUUGGGCCGCCGCUUUUCCAUUGGUGGUUAAUAAUUUUUUUAUUUUAUUUUAACAGAGCUCAAUAAUGGCGAUCACUAGUUCAUGGGAUCUCCCUUAGCUAGCUGCCAUGUUAAAUCUUGCCCCAGAGAUUUAUCGUCUUUCCUCUUUCUCUCUUCAAUUGCAUUCUCAUCGCCAUUUCUACUGCUUCCAGGCUCAUCUGAUCUGUCGUUGCCGGUGGGGUUUCCUUGAUUCAUUCCCUUUUCUGCUCACAUUGAUUUUCACAUUUAUGAAGUCAUUGUUCAAACCCCAGAAGCUGGAAGAAAUCUUUGCUAGCUAGGGUUGUGAUGAUCAAUGGAGUCUUUGCUUGCUCGUUGGAUUGAAUUUCACCGAAAACCCUAAUUUGAAGUGGAUCUGGAGCGUGAGGUGAAGAAGCCCUAAGGACUAGGGCACUGUGAGCUAAAAAAAGAUUGCGUUUUUUUGUGUCAGUUCUCUUUUGUUUUUCUUAGCUAUCAGUUAGUUCAAGCAGCUCGGUUUGCGUUUUGUUAAUCUCUUGGAUUGGGAUGGGAGGCGAUUGAUCUCGGGUUCCGGGUUUGUUGGAAUUCCGGUGAGAUGAUUGAUCAGUUCAUCAAUUUCGUCAUUCGGCCACCUAGGGCAGAGUAUAAUCCAGAUCAAUAUUUAUGGGAGAAAGAUUUUACUCUGGCCGGAAGGAAAUACAAUAGACAUGAUCUGGAGCUUAAGAACAAAAGAGGUCAUACUUUACAGUGUAGCCAUUAUGUCCCAUCCUCUUUUCCAGACGACUCGCCUCUCCCGUGUGUUAUUUACUGCCAUGGAAACAGUGGAUGCAGAGCAGAUGCAAAUGAGGCAGCUGUCAUCCUUCUUUCAUCUAAUAUCACUGUCUUCACUCUAGAUUUUUCGGGUUCAGGAUUGUCUGAUGGUGAUUAUGUCAGUCUUGGCUGGCAUGAGAAAAAUGACCUCAAGGUUGUUGUCACAUACCUGAGAAGCAAUCCCAAAAUAUCACGCAUUGGUCUUUGGGGGAGGUCAAUGGGUGCAGUAACAUGCCUUCUCUAUGGAGCCGAAGACCCCUCUAUUGCUGGAAUGGUGUUGGACAGUGCUUUUUCCAACUUAUUUGAUCUAAUGAUGGAGCUUGUGGAUGUCUAUAAAAUCCGGCUUCCCAAGUUUACAGUUAAAGUUGCUGUUCAGUACAUGCGGCGGAUAAUACAGAAAAGGGCAAAGUUUGAUAUUAUGAAGCUUGAUUGCUUACAGGUUGCUCCACAGACAUUUAUCCCUGCUUUAUUUGGGCAUGCUAAAGAUGACAGAUUCAUUCAACCUCAUCACACAGAUCUUAUCUCUAAGUCUUAUGCGGGUGAUAAAAACUUUAUCAAGUUCGACGGUGAUCACAAUUCUUCUCGGCCUCAGUUUUAUUAUGAUUCUGUAUCCAUAUUCUUCUAUAAUGUCCUACGCCCUCCUAGGCUUCUAACAGCAUCUGCAAAUAAAGUUGAGAUGUACUAUGAAUUAGGGAACAUGAGAGCCAACACCAGAACGGAUGAGAGUUUGCUCAAUGAGAUAAUUACUGGUCUUCAAAGUGUGACUACUGAAACAGCCAGCUCUUCAUCAGUCCCUCCUGUCAUUUCAGCAAAGUUUGUUGGUGAUCUUCAGUCUGAUAUUGCUCCGAAUUCCAGUGCAACUGAUCCAUUGGUAGUUGAAGAAAAUAUUCCACAUGACAGACAGAAGGGAACUAGUAGUCAAAAUGAGGAUUGUUUCUCCUACACAAGCUCGAAUAGGGAGAGUUGGGGAAGAUGCUCAUCUCUUGGAAGUGAUAACGAGACUUGCUCCGAAAAUGGACAUGUUAUAAUGAGUGACAAUCAGACUCAGACUCCUCUGGAGAUCCUCGCAACGCCUCUGCGAAGAUUUCGAAAAACCAUAUUGGAGUCUUCAAGAGAUGAGAAGAAGGCAAAGAAGAAGAACGCAGAGAUGACACCUCCUCUGACAAAGAAAUCUAGAUGCGAGACAUUUGAAAAGCUGGAGGAGCUCAGCCAGCGCUUGCGGCUUUGUAUUCUGAAGAGAGUUGGCCGUGGCCAUAACAGACAACGCGUCUCUUGACCCCCCCCACCCCACCCCCGCGGAUGCCUUUCUGUGUAUGUAUGUGCAAAAGCAGCGUAGAUCACCACGUACUGCAACUGUAUUGUAAGGAGGAGUUUUACAACACUGAGUCAUUGUAAUGUUUGUAUCUCCAACUGUGAAGUGUUACAUUUUAGGGUAUUCACACAAUCUCACAUUUCACUUUCUUGUGGUUUGCUCAUUUCCCUUCAUUCAAGGAACCUUGAUUUGAUUCACAUUGGUGGCAUGAUUGGUUCUCAUUGGUGUAUUAUGAAAGAUAGUUUAUUUUUGAAUGAUCAAUUGAUGUAAUAUAAGAAUCUCAAUCUU